AGAAUGGAAGCUAGCGGCAUCAUCAACGUGCUCAACAAGAAGCUGGCCUUCCUCUCAGGUGGCAAGGACCGUCGCAGCGGUCUGAUCCUCAGCAUCCCGCUGGGCGCCGACCAAACCAACAUGGAUGAGCUCAGCGACACGCUGGACUAUCUGCUUAGCAUACCCAGUGACAAGUGUAAGGCGCGAGGCUUCACCGUCAUCGUGGACGGACGGCGCUCGCAGUGGAACACGGUCAAGACGGUGGUGCUCAUGCUACAGAACGUGAUCCCGGCCGAGGUGUCGCUAGUGUGCGUGGUCAAGCCGGACGAGUUCUGGGACAAGAAGGUCACGCACUUCUGCUUCUGGAAGGAGAAGGACAGACUGGGCUUCGAGGUGAUCCUGGUGUCGGCCAAUAAGCUGACGCGUUACAUCGAACCCUCGCAGCUGACCGACGACUUCGGGGGAACGUUGGACUACGACCACGCCGACUGGCUGAGCAAGAGACUGGUGUUCGAGAAGUUCACCAAGGAGUCCACGUCCCUGCUGGACGAGCUGUCCAUCAUCAACGAAGGCGACAAGAGCGCCGCGCUAGACAAGUCAUCUCCUGUCCUGUUGCCGUCGCUGGAUCCCGAGACGGUACUUCAAACAGGUCACGAGCUGCUGUCGGAACUCCAGCAGCGCCGCUUUAACGUCGCCGAAGGGGCGGGGCUCGGAGGGGGCGGAGGACAAGGAGCGCCGACGUGGCGUCCGAUGGAGGAGGAGCUUCUGGCUCAGCCUCAGGUCAUGAAGCUUCUGGACUCGCUGAGGGAAAAGUACACGCGCUACCAGGAAGUUUGCAGACAGCGCAGCAAGCGCUCGCAGAUACACGACGUCCACGCCAAAGUCAUGCAGGUGGUGACUUGGCUGCAAGGUCCGGGCGCCGAGCUGCUGAAGACGCAUCAGGCCAUCGGCGACUCCAUGCGAGCGGCGCAGGCGCUGCAGCAGAAACACGAGGAGAUCGAGAGUCAGCACAGCGAAUGGUUCGCGGUCUACGUGGAGUUGAACCAGCAGAUCGGCGUCCUCCUGGGCAGCGGCGGCGGCGACGACGACCGGGAAGAAGCGGACGAGCUGAAGGCGCUGCGGCAGCAGCUCAGCGACGUCUGCUACCAGCAGGCGGCGCUGCUGGAGAACCGGCAGAACGUCCUGCAGGCCGCGCACGCCUUCCACGCCGCCACGCAGGAGCUGUCUCAGCAGCUGGACGCCCUGCUGGGCAUGUUGUGCGCCGACGUGGCGCCGACGGACGGCUCGCAAAUCCAACACAAUCUGAAAGUUCUGGAGGAGAAGCUGCAGAGCGUGGAGGCGGGGCUGGCGGCACUGCGCCAGAAGGGGGCGCUGCUGCUGGAGCGGACGCACGCCGAGGACGGCGACGCGACGGCCGAACGCGCGGACGACAACGUGCGCCACGUCCACGACGUCGUUGACGACAUGCAAAUGAGGAAACAGAGGUGCGAAGACAUGGUGGACGUGCGUCGUCUCAAGAUGCUUCAGAUGGUCCAGUUGUUCAAAUGCGAGGAAGACGCCUUACAGGCAGUGGAGUGGCUGUGCGAGCUCCUGGACGCCUUGCUCAAGACUCACGUGAGGCUGGGAGAGGACGCGCACCAAACGCAAGUCUUGAUGGACAAGCACAGAAAGUUUGUGGACGUGGCGCAGAGCACGUACGACUACGGGCGGCAGCUGCUGCAGGCCACGGUGGUGCUGUGCCAGUCGCUGCGCUGUGCCACGCGCUCCUCGGGCGACACGCUGCCUCGACUCAACCGCGUCUGGAAGCAGUUCGGCGUCAGCGCUGACGAGCGCCAGCGUCGGCUGCAGCUCGCUCUCGCCUUCCACCGUCGUGCCGACGCGGUCUUGGAGGACGAGCACGCGGAGGCCGAGUCUCUAGAUGAGGUGGACGCUUCUGCGAAAGUCCUACUGGACCGACUUGCCGCGCCUGUCAUCUUUCCAGAUGGGAGCGAGCAACGCUUUGGCGGAGACUCGGCGGCGGAGUCAGAGUUUGUGCGAGAGCGCCUCCUGCUGGUGGAGGAGCGCCGGCUGCAGCUGCAGGAGGCGGAGCUGGGCGCCGGGCCCCGCCCCCGGGACGAAAAUCACCACCCCCUCCGCGUCAUCGGGGAGGAGGAGCCCGGCGAGCGGACGCCCGACGAGUGA